ACUCUGGAUGUUCUAUGUACUAAAUAUUCAGCAGUUUAUAAAUGGUCGGUAGUGGGGGUGGUUUUCGAAGUUGACUCUUACUGGGACCACAAUAUACAUGUAUAUACCGGCAUGUCGCAUUACGUGAAGUUAAAAAAAUAAAUCUCUUUUUUGUUGAAACAUAUUUUAAACGUGUCAUUUAUAAACAAUGUUAAAAUUUUUAAAAAAUUGUUAAGCUUAAAAUAAAAUCAUAUAUUUUUUUAAAAUUAUGUCAGUUAUUUUAAACUAAUGAUUUAAAUCAGAGUUAUAAUUAUUUGUGAUAAUGUUGCGGUUUGAUCCACCAAAAUUACCAUCACCCCCAGAAUUAGAAGAAAAAGAUAAGAGAGUAUUUAUUAAUGAUCCAGUAUGGGAUCAAGUAGCAGUAUAUUUUAUAAGUAAUCAUCAGAGAAUACGUGAUAAUAUUAUUAUACCCAGAGGAGCUGCUCCAGUUCAUAUUAAAACUAAUGAAGAAAAAGCUGUUGAAACGGCUAUGGAAAGCUGUCUAUUUAAAAGUGCUAUGAGUUGUGUUUUAGGUUUUGGAUUAGGUGCAGCCAUUGGUUUAUUUUCUUCUAGUGUAAAUCCAAAUGUAGCUGCUGUUGAAAAGCAACAGACUGCUCGUGAAAUAUUCCGUGAAAUGAAAACAACAACUUUGGGAUAUGCAAAAAAUUUUGCAGCUGUAGGAUGUGUAUUUUCAGCUAUUGAAUGCUCUAUAGAAUCGUAUCGAGGUAAAACUGACUGGAAAAAUGGCACUUAUGCUGGUGGUCUAACAGGUGGUCUUAUAGGUUUGCGAGCGGGUGUUAAAGCAGGUAUAAUUGGCGCUGCAGGUUUUGCGGCGUUUUCUACUGCGAUAGACUAUUAUAUGCAUAAAUAAUUAAAAUAAUACAAUAGAAAUACUUGUACAAAGAAUUUUAAUGAUCAAAUAUAACUAAAUAAAAAAAAAAAAAAAAU